GGCACUCGCCGUCCCGGGCAUCCCCACCGACAACCCCUGCGAUCCACCGGCCACCGCGCCGUGGGCACGUCGCUGCCUCCGGGCCCCGCCCGGAAGUUUUGCGUGCACAAAAUCGAGAAGCGGAAAAACAAACGGUUUUGCUAUUUUACAGUCGACUGUUUUUCAAUUCGUUGUCAUUCAAUUUCUUGUCCGUCUGAUCUCGCACUAAGAUUCACGCUGAGAACUCUGAUUUUCAGGCGUGGGUUUCUUUGUAGGGUGCGUUAUUAUUUUGGGCUAGCCCGUUAGCGCCCUCGGGGUCUCUCGGUUCCUUUUCAUUUCCCCCCAAUUUUUCCCUAUUUCAUUUUAGGUGGCAUUGUUUCGAUGAGGCAGAGGGGCAGAGAGGAGGCGCUUGAGCGGCGGAGGACAGGAGGCCAUUCCGUCGGGUUCAUGGCGUUUCCGAGCCGCCUCUCUGCUCGAAUUUGAUUUUCCCUUUGAUUCUCGUCUCCCCCGGUCAAGCGUGGUGAAGGCCUGAAGGGGGUGAAGAAGUGGUGAAACUGGUGAAGGGGGUCAAGAAUUGGUGAAUGGCAGCUGUUCGCAGUAGCACACACACUUUUUCGUGAUGGAGGAUUCGGUGGGCGAGGCGGAGAGGAGGGAGCAGGAGGCGCAGGGGAAGAAGCGCGGACGAGAGGAAGAGCAGGAGGCCGGCGCUGGUCGUGCGGUGGAGGGGAAGGCAGAGGUGGCGGUGGCUGAGGAGGGCGGGUUUCUCAGCAGCAUGGCGUCCAAGAUCGGCGUGGCCAUGUCGGGUGCUACUAACGGCGGCGGCGGCGGCGCUGAGGACACCGGCGAAGGCAAUGGCAACGGCAACGGGAACGCGCUUGCUGUCUCUGACGGCGACGGGGAGAAGGCGGCCGGCAAUGGCAUCUUCCACAAGCUGCUGUCCAGCUCGUCUCCUUCCCCGCCGGCCGCUGAGGAAGAGAGAAGGGAAGGGAAAGACGAGGACGAAGGCGGCGAGCAGGCCGGGAUACUGAGCGCCAUGGCUUCCAAGAUCGGCAUGGCCAUGUCCGGCAAUGGAACCCACGGCGGCAGCGGGGAAGAUGUUGAUCACAGUAACGGUGAGGGCGAGGGCAAGGAGAAGGAGAUGGGAGGCGACGAGCCGAGCUCCAACGGCGGUGGGCUCGUUAAGCAGAUCAUGUCCAACCUCCCCACUUCAGACACUCGGGGGCCCGAUGCUGAGGAGGCCUCCCUGCUCAUCUCCAUCAUCGACGACUAGACUAGCAGGAGAUAGAUUUGGCACUUGUUAUUUCUGGGUGUAGUUUUACAUCGCCCAGCGUGCCCUCUUUCUUGAUGCUCAUGUUGUAACACAUGUUUGCACCUUGAUAAGUGUACUGGCCUGUAAUCGCAUUGACUGAGAACUGGUCCUCCUCGCUUAUUAUACUUGCUA